AUGGAGGAUGGCAGGGAUGUCUUAGCAAGAAUUCCUAACCCGAAUAUCGGUCAUUUAAGCCAGGUGGUUUCCAGCGAAGUGGCAACUCUUGAUUUUCUUGGCACCGUCCUUGACAUUCCUGUCCCCAAAGUUUUGGCUUGGAGUUCCCCAGAAUCACAGCCAAAUCCAGUGGGCGUCGAGUACAUAUUGAUGGAGAGAGUGGGCGGCCGUCAAUUGAGCGAAGUUUGGGACAGCAUGUCUGAAAGACAGCGUUUCGAUUUGGUUAAGAGCGUUGUUGAGAUUGAGAUGAAGCUUGUAAACACUAGGUUUAUGGGGCAUGGCAGCUUAUAUUAUAAAGCUCGUUUUGGAGAUAGUGACCCUAAAUACAUAGAGGCAAUUAGCCCAAAUAGGGUUCCUUGUGGGAGAGAAGAGGAUGCAUCCCGGUUUGUCAUAGGCCCAACGACUGAGAGAGCGUUCUACGUUGAAAAGGGCGGGAAACAAGGAAAUCAAGGCCCCUGGAAAACGGCCGUGGAAUAUCUUACCGCUAUUGCAAGACGGGAGAUAUCUUCAAUACAGGAUUUGAGUGUAACUAAUGCACAGGAAACAUUGUCUUUUUGGGAGCGAGUCAACACCCCAUCGUUGUCUAAGCCUCACAUUAAACUUCUAGAACAGUUCAUUUCCAUCCUACCCUACAUUAUACCCCCCUCUGAAAUCACCCAACCCAUCCUAAUGCACCAGGAUCUUCACUUCGAUAACAUCUUCGUUGAUGCAACCGAUCCAUCAAAAAUUUCGGGUAUAAUCGACUGGCAAGGAACAUAUGCUUCCCCGCUUUUUAUGCAAUCUAGAUUCCCAUCAAUAUUCGAUUGCGACGAUCCAUACCCUUGGGGUGCCAUCCAGCCCACACUCCCAGAAGAUUUUGACGCCUUAUCACCGGAGGAGAAAAGGCUCGCUGAAGAGUCGCUUGACCGUCUAAGGCUGAAGAAAUUCUACGAGCUUGCCUCGAGGAAAAUGAACCCUCUUCAAGUCAAGGCUAUGGAUGCUAUGAGGAACGACGAACACCCCACCUCUUUUAUAUUUUACAUCGUCCAGCAGUCUGCGUUUGAUGGGCCAAUUCCGCUCAGAGAGUUACUUAUGCAAGUUUAUGAGAAAUGGGACCAGUUAACACGCAAAAAUGGCGUAACACCAACAUGCCCUAUUUCAUUCACUGAGGAAGAGAUCAAAGAGGCACGUCAGCAGGCUGAGGAAUGGGGCGAGGCAUUUGGUGAAUUUGAGAGAUUUCGAACACAACUUCUGGGAAAGGAUGGGUGGGUUUCGCAUGAACAGUAUGAGGAUGCUAAGCGAGAAUUUGAAGAUUGUAAGGUUGAGCUGGAGAGAUUGAGGAGGAGAUUGGAGCAGGCGUUGUAA